AGGGACUCUUGCUGGGAAGUCCCAAGAGAUAAUUUUAGCCCCUCUACCUGUGUAGACGGAAGCUAAGCACCAAUCUCCUGGAGGAAGCGGAGACAACACUCUGUCCACCCAUAAGCAGGCAAGGAAGGCCAUCCCACCGUCCUUGGCUAGACCGGGAUGGCAAGCACAUUCUGGUUCCUAGCCCAGUGAGUAAGAGGCAUUCCUCUCUGGGAAACUUGCCUCUCCUGGGGAAUCUCCCCCCUCCCAGGCAUUUUCCAUUCCCAGAAAGGUUCCUUGUGGUUCCAAAUCUAGAGACCAAACCCUGAGUUCCCACCUCUUUCCUCUUGUCUGGCCCAGGCUGGUAUGUCCCCAUGCCUCUCCCAGGGCUUCUUUGUGUCAGAUGCACCCAAGUCCUUAGCCCAGCUGUGCCACCAGCAAGAGUCUGCUCUUGCAUUUCUUCCCCUCCCCAAGAAGGGAGGGCAUCACUUCAGGCCCUUCUGUGCAUUGCCUGGCGGGAUACCUUGUCCAACCAGCUACCCACCUCCACCCCCCUGUAGCUUAGGACACAAGCCAGCUACCAACAGUACAGAGCAGCGAUCGAAGCUGAAUACUUCCGACUCUGGUAAGCCCAGCUUCUCCCCCUCAGCCCUUCUGCUUCUUGAAGGGAUAUGCUGGGGGUGUACUUUUUGAGGCUCUCAUCAGGCUUCUGCAAAAGCUCUUCUUCCUGAAGACUGACCCAGUCUUUGUGGCUCUAACCCUCCACUCUGGUAAAGCUGUUCCUCUCUUGGGGGAAUGAGGGGCUGCAGGAAUUCCUGGAGACCCUGGUGCUUCAUGAUGCUGCUCGGUGAUUUCUGGUACUGAGUCUGGUGUAUUCACCAGUGAUCUAAAGGGAGUGUGGUCAGGUGUGCUAAGAGAGUGGCAAUCACUUCCACUCCAGACCUUCAGUGAGGGGGUGGGAUGGAAAGAAUGUUGAAUCUUUUUUUUUUUGACGGGAUGGGGUUUUUCUCUUUGUAAUUAUUUCUUUAGUUUAAUUAACCUUUUGGUUGUUUGUGCAAUAUUAUAUAUUUUAAAUUAUAAUGCAUCUCCCCAGAGUAUUUUGUAGCCAGGAAAAGAAAAAAGGAAAAAAAAAAAAGAUUCUAACAGCUGUUAGUUUUGUAAUUAAAAAAGAAAGAAAAAAGAACUUUGUCCUGAACCUUUUCCAGACUUGCCGUUAACAGCAUUAAAGAGAUUCAACAGAAGCUGGAAGGUGUCUGGGGGUCUAUUCUUGUCCCCAACAGUGGCUGCCCCAGAGGCAGGGCAGGACAAAUACAGUGUGCAGGCUGGCUUCUGGCGUAGAGCCUGGGGAAGGGGCAGGGAUGGCAGCAGGGGUGGUCUGGGUCCCUAGGAGGUCCCCUGUCCUCACCUCAGACUCAGCUUAGACUCUGGGGUGAGGCAGAGACUGGGCCCCCAGCAGGCCUCUCACUGAGGCAAGGAGUCGAGAGGCUGUCUCUGCAUUCCCAGCUCUUCUGCUUUUAUUUGGAAAGGAAGUUGCAACAGCGAUGGUUCCAGUUGCUCUUGGUCACUUUUCCCCUCUCCUCCCCCGGUGUGUGUGUGUAUGAUUCUGGGGUCUAUUUUUCAUUAACUUGAGUUAAACACCUGUGUGAAAAUCACUUGUUAGCUGUAAUAAAAGGGAAGUCUGAAUGAGGCCCUCUGUUUGCAUGAAGAUCUUUUAAGGGGAAGAGAAGUAAAGCUGGGGAGGGUGUAGGUAAGUUUCAGGAGAGAAGUAAAGUGUAAAAUACAUAUCAGCAUCUUAGAAGCGGGUUUUUGGGUUUGCUUUCUCCCCCUGCUUUAUUGGGGAGGACUUGCCAUUGCUUUUAUCAAGUGCUUGCUAGCCACGGAUGCCAACUAACUUCUUCAAUUGAGGGCCGGAGGAUCAUAUCUGGUUCCAGGAGCCGCUUGAGCAGGUCCUGGCAUUCGGCCGAGAUGCCCAGAUGAGUGGGGAAGGACACCCCCUUCUGCUGCUGCCACAGCAUCUUGGGGAUGUCUGUGUCGUCAAAAGGUAGGCUGGCACAGAGCAUGACGUACAGGACCACACCCAUGCUCCAGAUGUCCCCCUUCUUGCUGUCAUGGGGGAUUCCCUGCAGCACUUCGGGGGCGGCGUAGGCUGUGCUGCCGCAGAAGGUCUGGCUCAGCUCUCGGCGUGACUUGGGCAACACCUUUGCGAAGCCAAAGUCAGUCAGCUUCAGGUUGAAGCCCUGCAACAAGGCGUUCUCACAUUUGAGGUCCCGGUGGGCCACACCACAGCCAUGGCAGUAGCGAAUGGCCUCGACCAUCUGACGGAAGAGGGCCUUGGCCCGGCUCUCGGGCAGUGGCCCCCCAUUCAGCACACAGUCAAAGACAUCCCCUCCUUCAGCCAGUUCCAUCACCAGGUAGAUUUUCCCGUCGGCAGACUCCAGCAUCUCAUACACCUGGAUGAUGUUCUUGUGGUCCAGGGUGCGAACAAUCUGGAGCUCCCGAGGCAGGAAUCUCUGGAUAAAUUCUGAGGAAAUGGGAAAAGAUGUGGGGUAUCAAGUCCGGAAGGGCAUAACUCUCCACUCCUGCUUCCUGCCUCCCAGCUUCUGUCUGCCCACCGUGUCUGGUUCUGGUGCCUGGGUUCCCAUUCAGUUGUAAAGGUCUAGCUGCUUGGACAUUGCAAAAAAUGCUCACACUUAUUUUUGUAGUUAAUAUAUUAUUCAAAGGAACUCCCUGUACCCUCAGGGACUAUUGUGAGCAACCUGUGAGACCACAGAUACCAAAGUGCUUUGAGGGAUUUUAGACAAAACCACUGAAUCUCAGGUAUGAGGCCUGAUUUGCCCACAGCGUGGUGGGCCAGCUCCUCACACGCCUGCCUCCUGACCCAUGGUUCCCAAGCCCUGUCUUCCUUUUUCUCACUUCCGCCUGCCUUGGCAGCAGCUCCUACCCUCUGCCAGCCUAGGCCAGGGCCUCUCUGCCCAUCUCUGUGGGGGACAGAGGGAACAGGGAAGGCCCAGCAAGUUGGGGUUGUGCCUCCGAGGACCCUUUACCUCCCGCCACUUUAAUCUUGGGUUUUAGAGGUACACCGUUCCUGGACUGCCAGCAUCCUCCUCUUCCCCACUCAUCUUCCUGGGAGCCACAAACUCCCCUACACUCCUUGGUUCCAGACCAAACGGGACGAUCCUUCCCAACUGGAGGAAGUGCCCACCCACCUCAACCAGCCCUCCCUUCCUCCAAAGGGGCCCCAGCUCACCUUCUGGCCCUCCCAUCUUGUCUAUAAUUUUAAUUGCCACUUUUCUUUGGUGUUUUUUGGAAAAUGCUUCUUUGACUUUUGAGUAGGUCCCUUCCCCAAUGGUCUUGCCCAGCUGGUACCCACUGGAGAGCAGAAAGUCCUCCAUGCUGUCUAGCGCCUCCUUCCUUCCUAUCACCCUCUCAGCUCAUGCUGCCUCGGUGAGGCAGCUCUACUCCACCAUCGCCCUUGGCCUGCUCCUUUUCCCCCCAAGGACUUCAUGCGCAGCCGCCCCCAGCGCUAGAACAUUCUCCGUCUGAACACAGCAGCCACGGGUGGUGGGGAGGGAGAGGGCCAGACAUUUUAAAACUCCGGCCCAAUUGUGAUGUAAAUGCUGUGUGACCCUUGGCCAAAAUUGUCAGUGCCCUUACCUGCCCUCACCAUCACCACCACCAAACCCACCACGGGUUAAGUCCUCGCCGCGCCUGUGCCCCCGUUCCCCAGGCGGGCAGGGAGUCGCAGCCCGCCCCGGGGCGCUCGGGGGCGUCUGCGCGCUGCCCGAGAUGAGCUGCUCCUUUUCGUGGACGCCACCUCGCGGCUGCUUGCAGCCGCCUCCUGCGCCCCCAUCGGGUUGCAGGGGGUCGGCCCGACCCAGUGCCCAGGCGCCAUGGCCGGAGCCCUCCAGCCCCGGCUCGCGGCCGCACUGAGUGCCGGGCCUCCCGAGUCGAUGGGAGUGGGAGGGAGGGUGGUUCCCCGCGAGAGGAACGGGCUCUGUGAGGUCAGCGCGCCGCGGCCCGGGUCACAAUGCAGCCCGCCCCCUCGACGCCCGGGGCGCGGCGCGCCGCAGACACCUGCCGGGCUCCGCCUGGACCGGAGCGUCCUCCCGCGGCCAGGGGUCCGGCAGCUGCUUCCAGCCUGGGACCGGCCUCGGCCUCCGGCAGAGCGCCCCGGGGCCUGGACAUGAGUGCCCAGGAGCCCCCGCAGGGUCGAAGAUUCCCCAUUGAGGCCGGAGACUCCCCUGGCCUUGCCGCCGCCCCCGAGUCCCAGGACAGCCCGGAGCCGGUGGCCACGGAGCACAACCCGGUCAGGCCGCUUCGACGCUGCCCGGGCUGCCACUGCCUGACGCUGCUGCACGUGCCCAUCGACGUCUACCUGGCCAUGGGCGGGAGCCCCCGGGCCCGCGCCACCUGAGUGCGCCUGCGCACGGCGGCUCCGCGGGAGCCGGGCGGGGACGAGGCCCGCAGCGGGCCACCACGCUGAGGUCGCGCGCGCCGAG